AUGUUCCACAGACGACGGCCUGCACCCCAAAGUCUCCAACACAUCCGUCUCGCACGGCGCGUGGCGAAACGGCAACUCGUUGCAACCCUUGGUCCUGUUCACAGCGACCUCGAGGAGUUCUAUGCUUCGGUGCCUCUUCCUGAUGGUCAUAGGGGAGAGUUGAAAGUGGUGCGACCUAAACCGUUAGCAAUGCAGUCACAAGCAUCCACCCCGGGAGUGACCAUUGAGACUGUGCCUUCUUCUCCAGCAGACGGCGGCAACGCUGGUCAUCCGUUGAUUGUCCUCUUUCAUGGCGGAGGAUUCUCCAACGGCAGCGUCGAUUACAUGACUCGUCCGGCGCGAGAUUUUGCGCUCGAAUUCCACGCCGUGGUUAUUUCUGCGACGUAUCGGCUCGCGCCCGAGCAUCCGUUCCCGACGCCGAUGCAAGAUGCUUGGGAUACGCUGGUGUGGUUGUCCCAGCACGCGGGGGAAUUUGGUGCCAACCCUAUCCGGGGUUUUGUAGUCGGCGGAGUUUCAGCCGGAGGGACCAUGGCCGCUGUUUGCAACCAGUUGGCACGGGAUCGAGGACUCACGCCACCGCUCACCGGGGCAUUCGUGUCCAUUCCUCUUUUGCUCGUCAAGGAGAUCGUUCCGGACAAAUACAAAAGGGAGUGGACCUCGAUGGAAGACAACAAGAACAACCCGUCCCUGAACCGAGACACGAUCCAGCAUAUCAUCCGCACACUGAGCCCAGACAUCCGAUCUCCCUUGUUUUCACCUUUCAACAGCAAGACUCCUCACGUGGGACUGCCUCCGACAUACGUACAUGUAGGAGGACUGGAUGUCCUGAGGGAUGACGGCUUGCUAUACGAAAGGGCGUUGAGGGCAGCGGGGGUGCCGACACGGUGCGACGUAUUUCCUGAUCUGGGCCAUGCUGCUUGGACUAUCCAUGCAACAGAGUACUCUCGACCACGACUAGGGCCGAAGAUGAUGGAAGCGAUGAGGUGGCUGUUGGGUCAGGAAGGACUGAAGGACUGA